AUGGCUGCACCGAUUGGUAAUGGCGGCUCUGUCCCGCUCACGGUCAACGACGGCAACGCUUCGUCCGCCUCCUCUUCGCUCGCUCCGAAGCCGCACAUCGACCCGAACAACCAUGUGGUCAUGCUGGACAAUUACGACAGCUUCACCUGGAACCUGUACCAGUACCUCUGCCUCCUCGGCGCCAACAUGACCGUCAUCCGCUCCGACGCCCUCACGCUCGACGAGCUCCGCGCCCAGCACCCGACCAUGACCCACCUGGUCAUCUCGCCCGGUCCUGGCCACCCUCUCAAGGACUCUGGCAUCUCGGUCGAUGCGAUCGACUACUACGCCGGCAAGAUCCCCAUCCUCGGCGUCUGCAUGGGUCUCCAGGCGAUCACGGUCAAAUACGGCGGAGUCGUCGAGCAAGCCGGAGAGUACGUUCACGGCAAGACGAGCGCCAUCUUGCACGACGGCAAGGGCCUCUUCAAGGGUCUCGCGCAGGGCGUUGCGGGGACGCGGUACCACUCGCUUGCGGCGCGCAUCAACUCGCUGCCCGAGGAGCUGGUCGUCACUUCGCGCACCGAAGGCGGAAUCAUCAUGGGUCUCCGACACAAGGAGUACUCGAUCGAGGCGGUUCAGUACCACCCCGAGUCGAUCUUGUCCGAGGAGGGAAAGCUCAUGCUCGCCAACUUCUUGUCGUGGAAGGGCGGCAGGUGGAGCGAGCUUCCCGAGGUCCUCGAGCCGGUCAAGGGCUUCUCGGCAUCUGCACCUCUUGCCAACGGUUCCGCUCCUUCGCCGAACGCCGUUCCGACGAUCCUUCAAAAGAUCGAACAGCAGCGCAUCCUCGACGUCGCCAAGGCCAAGGCGACUCCAGGCUACAAGCCGUCCGACCUCGAGUCGCUCAUCGCUCUCCACGUUCCUCCUCCCCUCAUCUCGUUCCACCAGCGUCUCCGACCAUGCGCGACGUCGACUUCUGCGACCUCGGCCGUUCCUCACAUGGCUCUCCUCGCCGAGGUCAAGCGCGCCUCGCCUUCCAAGGGCGACAUCGUCGACGCCUCUUCGCCCUCUGCGCCCGCCAUUGCCCUCUCGUACGCUCUCGCCGGCGCAUCAGUCAUCUCGGUCUUGACGGAGCCGAAGUGGUUCAAGGGCUCGCUCGACGACAUGCGCGCCGUCCGUGCCGCUGUCGACGCCCUCCCGAAUCGCCCUGCGAUCCUCCGUAAGGACUUCAUCCUCGACCCGUACCAGAUCGACGAGGCCCGCGUCUACGGCGCCGACACCGUCCUCCUCAUCGUCGCCAUGCUCGACGACGCCAAGCUCGCCUCGCUCUACGCUCACUCGGUCGCGCGCGGCAUGGAGCCUCUCGUCGAGGUCAACAACGCCGAAGAACUCGAGCGCGCUCUCAAAGUCGGCGCCAAGGUCAUCGGCGUCAACAACCGCAACUUGCACGAUUUCAACGUCGACAUGUCGACGACCUCGCGCAUCGCGGAUGUCAUCAAGGAGAAAUACCCCGAGCGCGCUGGCGAGGUCAUCCUCAUCGCGCUCAGCGGUAUCACGGGUCGCAAGGACGUCGAGCGGUAUCAGGCGCAGGGUGUGAGCGCCGUCCUCGUUGGCGAGAGCUUGAUGCGCGCGAACGACAAGGGCGCCUUCGUCAAGGAGCUCCUCGGCCUUUCGUCCUCAGCAGCGCCUUCGUCGCUCGUCAACGGCGCCGCGCAGGCUGUCCAAGCAGCUGCGUCGGCAGUCGUUGGCGCCGUGACCGGCAACUCGACCUCCUCGCCUCGCAAGGCCCCGCUCGUCAAGAUCUGCGGUCUCAAGACGCCCGAGGCAGCGCUUACCGCCGCUGACGCAGGUGCAGACCUCCUCGGCCUCAUCUUCGUCCCCGGCAGCAAGCGCAACGUCUCGCUCACUCAAGCAGGCGAGAUCAUCUCGGCCGUUCGCGCACGCCACGCCGGCCCAAAGCGGGCAGAAGCCGCUGCUGCCGCACUUGACACGUCCGACUGGUUCUCACUUCAGGCGUCGCGCAUCUCGGCACACCCGCGGAAACCCCUCUUCGUCGGCGUCUUCCAGAACCCAUCGCUCGAGACGGUUCUCUCGACUGUUGACGCUCUCGGCCUCGAUCUCGUCCAGCUUCACGGCUCCGAACCGACUCAGUGGGCUCGCCUCAUUCCUGUACCGGUCAUCCGCGCGUUCCACGUCGAUGAGAAGGCGGAGGCGGACGCAGAAGAGGCGGCGCAACUGCGUGAGGCGACUCGGCCAGGCUUCCAUGCCCUGCCUUUGCUCGACACCAAGGUCAGCAAGGACAAGGGUGCGCUGAGCGGCGGUGCGGGACGGGUUUUCGACUGGGCGGUCGCGAAGCGGCUCGUCUCGUCCCGGGUGCAGGAAGGACACCGGGACUUGCCGAUUGUUCUGGCGGGCGGACUCGACGCGGCAAACAUCAAGGAGGGCGUGCAGACAGUUCGGCCAUUCGCGGUCGACGUGAGCGGCGGAGUCGAGACGAACGGCGAGAAGGACUUGGACAAGAUCCGCGAGUUCAUCCGGCUCGCCAAGCAGGCAUAG